AAACUUAUUAAAUAGAAUAAAAGUUUGCUCUAAAUGCUUUGUCUUUCAUAAUGUGACAAAAUGGAAUAACUAUGGAGCUUAGUAACCGGAACGGACAUAGCAAUGGUGCAAUUCAGUAUCAAAAUGGAAAUUCGGUACAUUCCUCGAAUGGAACGGUGACUAACUAUCGAAUUGAGUCUCGAAGCAUCUCAUCAAUAAAUGAUGACCGCAUUCCGAGAGAAAUCUUUUUCAGAGUUUUCUCAUUUCUGGACUUAACAAGCUUAUGCAGAUGUGCUGGAGUUUGCAAGAAGUGGCGAGAGCUGGUGAAAGAUGGGAAAAACUGGCAAGUACUGGACCUUUUCUCGUUCCAAAUAGCAGUCGAGAGCAACGUUAUAAAGAGUCUUUCUAGACGAGCGGGUCCUUUCCUGAAAUCUCUCAAUCUAAAGGGCUGUAAAAAUAUAGGCGACAGUGCCAUAAGGAUUUUCGCCGAAAAUUGUAAUCAGAUAGAGGAACUGAAUCUUCGCGAGUGUCGAGACAUAACAGAUCGUGCCUGCGAGGCUUUGGGUGAUUAUGCUAAACAUCUGAAGACACUGAAUUUAGAUUCAUGCGAUAAGAUAUCAGAUUCUUCUCUCAUCUCUGUCGGAAGAGGAUGUGCCAAUUUAGAAGAUGUUGAUCUUUCCUGGAACAAACAUAUUUCUCAUGUGGGCUUCGCAGCACUGACUUCUGGAUGUCCGAACAUUUUAAGACUUCGCUGUGCUGGUGUAGACAAGUUUAACGACGCGUGCAUGACAUUGAUUGGCCAGAAUCUGAACAGACUAAUCGUCAUCAACGUCCUCAAGUGCGCCCGAGUGACGGACGAGGGCGUGACCAGGGUGUGUGAGGGGUGUCCUCUUCUGGAGACAAUGUGUCUGUCCCAGAUACCCCACAUCUCCGACCAGUCCCUCCUCGCACUUGGACACAACUGUCCAAACAUCAGAAACCUUGAGUUGAACUCAUGUGCAGCUAUUACCGACGUGGGCUUCAGUCAUCUCACGAGGAAUCGGACUGAAGAACAUUUGCUGGAGAAGCUUGAUGUCGAAGAGUGCAAUCAUUUAACUGACGCAACAUUGCAAAACUUUGCGGCCAAUUGUCCAUACAUACGGGAAAUGAUCCUGUCACAUUGUGACCAGAUCACAGAUGAGGGAAUCAGAGCCCUUUGUGAGUCGGCAGGAGUGCAGCAGUGUCUGGAGAAGAUCAAACUAGACAACUGUCCCCAGGUGUCGGACGCCUCCCUCGACUUCCUCUGUCUCUGCAACAACCUCAAAGAGAUAGACCUGUUUGACUGUCAACUCAUCACCAGACCUGGUAUCGCUUCCCUUAGAGCUCGCUUACCACAUAUCAAUGUGCACGCCUACUUUGCUCCAGCCACGCCCCCCAUUCCCGAGUUCAGGGGCAGGAGGAAAUGCUGCUGCUGCGUCCUCUAGAUCCCCCACCCACCUCAUUGCAUUGCACGCCUGUUGCUGUCUGAACAGAAGUCGAGAAACAGUCCGAAAUAUACGUUAAAUGUGCUCAACGAGUAUCUUUGAAUUCUGCCUGACAUAAAAUAUUUCAGUCGGGAAAGUAUGCGACAAUUAAAUGGUGCGAAUAAACCAGUUCAAUUAAAAUAUAAGCCAUGUGCAUGAAUAAAACAUUUGGUCGAGUUCGAGGUUUAUUCCAUUUGUUAGUUCUAUCCUUUCUUUUACACGAAGGUAUGAUUCUUAGUUUUUAAUUCUAAAUCUACUCUUUAACUUCACCCUUCAUUGCAUAAAGGAUAUCGGCUUUCAGAUCCAGUGCUCGCAUAUGCUUAACCGAUGAAUUAAUCGCCUAUAGGGGUGGAUAUCCUUCACUAGAUACCAUAGGGGUGGGGAGAGUAGUUUAUGAGACCACUAUUUCGUCUAUAGUGUCAAUUCUAAAGUAAACAAAGUGCAAUUAAAUUAAAUUUAUCUAUUUUUCAGCCGAUUAAGCCAAUCCGACCAAGCAUGUUAAUUAUCUCUACUUUCAAUUAUCUCUUCUGAAUCAAAACCAUCCAAGUAGCUCGAUCUUUAAAAUAGUUUCUAAAGUUUCUUAUGAUUAAAUGGUGAAAAAUAUUGCUUUAAAUUUGACCGGGUUUUUAAUUUUUGACAGGCUAAAUUGUGCGUUAGCUUGAAAAAUUGAGAUGUUUCUAUCGACGUUUAUUUUGUUUUUAUUUCAUCGCAUGCGGUGGGUAAUAUUUGAUGCUAUUAUCUUCUUCUUGCUCAAAACUUCAAACACUGAAUAUGAUACUCGAAAUAUUUAUUUCAAUUCUGAAGUUUAAAUUCGCGAAAAAAGAAGGUUUAUUCUUGCAUACUGCUUGUUUCAUUUUGCUUGUUUCCAUAGGUGAUCACUAUUUAUUCCUGCUAUCAUCAGUAAAUCAGAAAAUAAUACCAAAUUAGUAUACAAAUUUAUUUAAAGAUUUGAUUCAUAAUAUGUUAUUUUUCUUUUUGAGAGAAACUAUACUGUAGCUGUCCAGUUUAUUGAAUGCUGAAUAAAUAGCUAUUUCACAAUGACAAAUUUUGAAAAAAAAACUAUAAUUAAGUUAGUUUAGUUAAAGUUUAUUGUUCACAUAUAUAUGGUGCUACCCGCCAAAUAACUUCGUUUCUGAACUUCUCGAUUUUUUUGGCAACUCCAGUCCAGACUUAUGUUUCAGACGAAGUUUUUUAUUGCGCUGUAAUGUUGAAUGCCUGGCCUCAACUGGGUUUGAAAUUAUUGAUUGUGCUUCUAAAAUAGUUUCUAUUGAUCACUACUGUCGCCCAAUGGAGACGAAAUUAGUUUAAUUGUAUGGCAGUAAUUAAGUUUGUAUAAAUGUAUAGAUUACAUUGAGUUUAGUUUUAGUGUGACCAA